UUCUUUGAAACAGAGAAUGCUAACAUCCUUAGGACCCUUUCAGGUUCAAUCAUCACAGGUCCUGGGUCUCCAUGGUGUUGGGAAGUCAUCAAGAAUCUUUCAGCAGAGAGAUCGUCAAUCGUGCAAGUUUCUUGAGGCUCCAUUCUGAGACCAGCUAUCUCCCUACACACCCUAGCUCCUUACCCGCUUCUGAUUUCAGUGUUCUGGCGUUUUAGAUAAAAAGUGCACUUGGGUCGGGUCUCUAUAAAACAGCGCGAGAAGCUCCCUACAGGGUUAACAGGAUACUGGAUCCUGGCUGCAGAUUGCACUCCCACACAGGGCAUGCAGCACGACGCCUUCUGGAAAAUGUAGUCUGCAGGCAGGUUGCGAAUACCGCAAGUUCUUUUGGGAGUUGUAGUUCUCAGACGCGGAGAGCAAGCGCUGCAGGCGGCACUGGGAGGUGUUGCGAGUACGUGGGCGGGGCCCAAAGUUCCACCGCGGGCUGGGAGUCUCCCGAAGGAGGGAACUGGAGCUUUUUCCCGCUCUGGCCUGGGCUGUCAAAAGAGGGUUGAUCCCAGCUGAGUUCAGCCCAGGUCGCCACACUCGCGGAUAAUAUCUGACUCAAAGACGGUCGUAGGGCCCUGAGAAAAAAACAGGGAAGCCUCCUUUACUGAGUUGUGCUGUGGUCUCCGAGAAGAAAGUGGAGGGUACUCCGUCUGGUCCUGAAGGACGUUGCCCUGUCUCCUCCCUUUUGUUCUUUAUCCACCCCAGCUCUUGGCCUCUAAGUGGCCUUUGUACGCCAGAGUGGAACUCCAAGUCCCGGCAGGCCGCGAGGUGCGCGCACGCGUGGUGGAGAUGCUCGGCCACGCGGCAGGAGGAGGGUUGAUGAUUUGGCAUCUGAUUGGCCUCGUGUUUGAUGAGUUUUUUUUUCUGAUUGGCUGAGGUUGCUGCCGGAAAGGCCCUUGCCCGGAGAUGGAAGAGCAGAGGCGUUCUGUAGGGCUGGGUUGAAAGCCUCGGUCUAAUAGCAUCGCCCUGACCCCCAGUCCGGGGGAGCAUCUAGCCAGGGGCUGUCCUCCCUUACUCUAGCCUUGCAUGUACUUGGUAUUAACCGAGACCCAGAGAGCGGGUCACGCUCGGGGGUCAGAGAGGAGGAGAGUGACCGGUCCUGGGCCGUCCCUGCAUACCCUGCGACCAGAACUCCAGCCCUAGGGAGUGGGCAGGGCCUCUAGCCGCGCCUCGCUCGCUGCUUUUCAUCUCCUUCAGCGUUGUCUACUAGCUACUAUUCCUGCUCUCUCUCCCAGGAGACGAACGCUUGAGCCUGAGAUGGCAGCCACCCUGCUCAUGGCUGGGUCCCAGGCCCCUGUGACAUUUGAAGAUAUGGCCAUGUACCUCACUCGGGAAGAAUGGAGACCUCUGGAUCCUACACAGAGAGACCUUUACAGGGACGUGAUGCAGGAGAAUUACGGAAAUGUUGUGUCACUGGACUUUGAGAUCAGGAGCGAGAACGAAACAAACCCGAAAGAAGAGCUUAGUGAAGAUGUGGAGUUUGUGACCAUGUCCGAAGAGCCUAUGGGGGAUGCUGAGAAGAACCCGGAAAGCGAAGAGGCCUUUGAAAGUGGGGACAGGUCUGAAAGACAGUGGGAAGAGCUGACCGCAGAAGAGUGGGUCAGCUACCCUCUCCAGCAAGUCACUGACCUGCUGGCCCACAAAGAAGUCCACACAGGCAUCCGCUAUCACAUAUGUUCUCAGUGUGGGAAGGCCUUCAGUCAGAUUUCAGACCUCAAUCGACACCAAAAAACGCACACGGGAGACAGACCCUACAAGUGUUAUGAAUGCGGCAAGGGCUUCAGCCGCAGCUCCCACCUCAUCCAGCAUCAGAGAACACACACGGGCGAGCGACCCUACGACUGCAACGAGUGCGGGAAAAGCUUUGGAAGGAGCUCUCACCUCAUUCAGCACCAGACAAUCCACACCGGGGAGAAGCCCCACAAGUGUACCGAGUGUGGGAAGAGCUUCUGCCGGCUCUCCCACCUCAUCCAGCACCAGCGGACCCACAGUGGGGAGAAGCCCUACGAGUGCGAGGAAUGCGGGAAAAGCUUCAGUCGGAGCUCGCACCUGGCUCAGCACCAGAGGACGCACACGGGCGAGAAGCCUUACGAGUGUAACGAGUGCGGCCGGGGCUUCAGCGAGCGCUCCGACCUCAUCAAGCACUACCGAGUGCACACGGGCGAGAGGCCCUACAAGUGUGAGGAGUGCGGGAAGAACUUCAGUCAGAACUCGGACCUGGUGCGGCACCGCAGGGCCCACACCGGGGAAAAGCCAUACCACUGUAACGAGUGCGGGGAGAACUUCAGCCGCAUCUCGCACUUGGUUCAGCACCAGCGGACGCACACGGGGGAGAAGCCCUACGAGUGCACGGCCUGUGGGAAAAGCUUCAGUCGCAGCUCCCAUCUGAUCACACACCAGAAAAUUCACACCGGGGAGAAGCCCUACGAGUGUAACGAGUGCUGGCGAAGCUUCGGGGAGAGGUCAGAUCUGAUUAAGCACCAGAGGACUCACACGGGAGAAAAGCCCUACGAGUGUGUGCAGUGUGGAAAGGGGUUUACGCAAAGCUCCAACCUCAUCACCCAUCAAAGAGUUCACACGGGAGAGAAGCCUUACGAAUGUACCGAGUGUGACAAGAGUUUCAGCCGGAGCUCAGCUCUUAUUAAACACAAGAGAGUCCAUACCGACUAAGUCCUGUAUUCCUGAGUAAGAAAUGACUCGUGGAGGUACAGUUAUAUUUGAUUUGAUAUCAGUGAGCUUCCUUAAGACUGACUUUCCUUAUUGUGAGCCACAGUUUAAAACGUGGAAGAAUACAACCCCUUUGAAAUUCCGACCACAGCUUUGGGGAUGUUUCCCCCUUCUCCAAGAUAGAUAUUUUUCUUCACAUGAAUCGCUUCAUCAAAAGCAGCCCCCAUCCCUAGUAACUUGAAAGCUGAAGACCAGAGGACAAGAUGCUGGUGGAUGCUUAGGCCUGGAAAUGGAGUAGAUUUUUAAAAAGUUUUUUUUUUUUCCUCUCGUAUCUUUGGCCCCAAAAGACUGCAGUGGGAAUGUAGAACUGGACUAGGGUGGCCACAGCUGCUCUGGCAGAAGGCAGGCACACUCGGGCUCAUGCACCUCCCUUCCAAAGGGCUUUUUCCUCGAGUAGCUCAUACUGGUACCUUGCCAUCUUGCGCACAGGAUUCUGCACGCUGAAGGCAGUGACUGAAUCAUUUCUCCUCGUUUCUCACUUGUGUAUAGCUUGCAUGCUUUUGAAAGCUACCCGAAGAUACAGUGUGAAAGAAGGGUACAAGUUUGAGGACCAAGGGCCCUUGGAUGGUGGUGACCUUAGCAAGAGAUACCCAAUGAUGCUGUCAUUAAUCAGGUUUAUGAAUUGUCUUCGGAAAUCACUUUAGAGAUCAUAGUGCAGAAACUGCCUUUAGGAAAGGAUGGGACUGCGAGUGACGAUGGAAUGGAGUAGGAAGUGAGCUGACUCCUUCAGGGAAGGGAGCACAGAGCCCUUCCCAGGGAGCGUCAGUCAUUUCUGUGUUCUUUGCCAUCUAACUUUUAACAGUUAGGUUACUUGCCCUUGUAAGGCUAACUCUAGGGUGUGAUAGGGCCACAUCCCAGUCAUUAUCUUAGCUUGCAUAAAGGCAUGUAUGUGUAUGUACAGUGACAUGUGUAUUCUAAUAGCGGAAACCGAAUUCCUAAGAAUCAGCAUGUUCUUACGUGAUGUAGCUCAUAAGAUAGAACUGUAGGCAUACUCCAUGUGAGAGAUGUCCUUUAUUUUUCUUCUGUUAUGGAAAAGAAUUUGAACACUAGUGCACGAGCGUGCACUCUCCUGUCAGGCUUGGUUUUGUACAGAACUAAACUCUUACUUGUAUGUCCAUCAGUUGUGAGAGAAUGACUGGACAGUUAGGUCCUUUGCCCUUUCUCAGACUGAGUUAUCUUCUCCUGUGAUGAAACCUCUUUGGCCUCAUCAGAAGAAAUGAAUAAACCUAAAGAGGAGUGUGUUUCCCGCCUCCAGAUACAAAGAGUUACAGUGAGCGUUGCCCCAGUGUCUCCCAGUACCUCAGUUCUCUUUGUCUCAGCCCAGGUAGGAAUUAUGAGCUAGCCCGGAUAUUGGUGCUUAUUCCAUCCCGUGGGGAUGGAAGGGGAUGGGGCCCAGUGCAUUUUUAUGGUGCUUAGUGCAAACUUGCAAAUGUUAACUUUUUUGUUUUGUUUUGUUUUGUUUUUUGAGAAAUCUUUUAUUUUGCUGGAGUGGGGAUCAGGGGUGGUGUACAUACCUUUAAUCCCAGCACUUGGGAGGCAGAGACUGGCAGAUCUCUGUGAGUUCAAGGCCAGCCUGGUUUUGAGUUCCAGGACAGCCAGGGCUACAUGGAGAGUCCCUGUCUUGAAAAAAACAAAACAAAACAAAACUUUUUUGUUGAAGUUCUUUGGGAUUUGGCAUUUAGUGCUUUCGCUACAGAGAGUCACUGUGAGCGCAGCCGGGUGAUACCAUGUCACUCACUAGUGACAACCUCAAAAGCAACCCGAAUGAAAACCACUCCGAGGGCCUUUAAGUGGCCCCUCCCAUUUGAGUACGAACUUGGGGCAGGGCACACGGUUUCUAUUCUGUAUGAAAUCUAGCCUGCCGUGGAUAUUCGCAUUUUAACCGUUAGGUGACUUAUGUAUUCUUGGUAACUAAACUCAGACACGGCAUCUGUAUGUAGCCAGUGACUUGAGUGGAUCUCAGCAUUCUCCCGUUGCGCCUUUGAGUCACUCUAAGUGACUGCUUGGGAGCAACUUGUAGAAGACAGCACCUCCGAUCCAACCUCAUUUUACCCUUUUCCUUACCCGUCCCCAUCCCCCAGCCCUGCAACCCCACCUCCAGCCUUUGUUUAAAGUUUUGCUAGUGUGCCACUUGCUGCUUUUGCCUUCUAGAUGAAAGGCUCAGGGAAGGACUCUGAUUGCCUUCCCAUCCCUCCGUACCUGUCUGCGCCAGCCGAGUGCCCUCCCUCCUGCGGUCAUCUGCUGCCCACCCCCAGUGCUGAACUCUGGAAGUCGUGUGUCUGCCACACUUCACUAAUGCUGUUUGCAGGCCCCUGGCUGUUUGUGCACACACCCAGACACUCUGGGCCUGUGUUCUGUGGUUGUGGAGUCCCUGGCUGUUUGUGCACACACCCAGACACUCUGGGCCUGUGUUCUGUGCUUGUGGAGAAUGGAUGAACAAGCAAAUCUGUAGAGCAGAUCCCCUUGGUAUUGGUCAAUUAUCCUAGUGUCUUGUCUAUGGCUGUAUUAUCCUAACAAUAUUCUAUAAUUAAAGGCAUAAUUUUUAAAGUCAAAA